AAGGGGUCGAAGUCACAUGAUGAAUGCGGAAGUAACAUCUUAACCUGACUCGGUCUGGUGAAACAUCAGCAAAGAAGACUUAACUGCGAAUAUCAUUCCAAAGACACACGGGUAGAUCUGUGGAGGCGGAUAUGGAGCAUCGGUUAGGCCGGGCGCCGGUGUUGUCUCCGCUGGAGGAGUCGAGUGAGGAGGUGAGCCGAGACAGCGGGAUCGUGUCCCAAAGCGCCAGCACUGUGUCCAUGCUGAGCGAGGGCCUGAGCAACGGAAACGUCUCCCAAAGCCCCAGCUUCGGACUUAACGUCUCCCAGAGCCCCAGUUUCGCCGGCAACGGAUCUGAAAGUCCCAGUUUCAGCGGUAACGUGCCUCAGAGUCCCAGUCUGGAUGGUGCUGCUGCGCAGAGUCCCGUCCAUGAGCAGGAGGAUGAGCUCCUGAGACAGACUGCGCUUAGUUACUCCUCUUAUAUCCGAGCAGACGCAGGCGAGGAGAUCUUAUGUCUGGAGAAGAGUCUGGAAGAAAUGCUCACUCGAGUGGACGAGUUUGUAGGGAUGCUGGACAUGAUUCGCAAUGACACCUCUCAGAUCGUGAACAUCAGCCUGCCUCAGAUUUACAAAAAAUCCGAGGACAUGAGACAGAUUUACAGGAAAAUCGAUAAGCUGGAGGCUUUUGUGAAGAUGGUCGCAGCCAACGUGAGUGUCAUGGAGGAGCAAGUAAUCGAGGCUGAAGGUGAAGCCCGGACUCUACCUGGUGCUUUCAAAAAGAUUUUCCGAACAAUGAACGUCUCGGGAUUUUUAAAUAAACCAUCCAGCCCCAAACGAGCAGCGCAGCAGCAGCAGCAGCAGCAGCAGGAGAUUCCCUCUGUGUUCAGGACCGCCGAUUUCUUCCCCACUCAGCCAGAACCGUGAGAACAGAAAACACGGCAGUGUUGAGCUCACGCCGUUCCCGCCAAAGGUCCGAGCUGCGUGUUGCAGCGAGACGGCAACUCGCCUCUGACAGCAAUAUCAAAGUGGUACUCGAGAACGCCGAUCACAGCCGAGCACUAUUUUAGCACACCGUUAGAUGGCAGCUAGUUUUAUAACAAAGUUUUUGUUUUUAAAGGACUUUUGUUUAAAGUGCCUCUCCUGGAAACAUCGCUGUUUUCACUCACACGAACGCAGCAGCAUGCUAGCAAACAGGCAUGUGUCGAUAUCAAAUAUUCAUAUCACACUAGUUUCAUAAACAAUUUCAUAAACAGUUUUCUAUAACGGCAACUCUGACGGUAGUUCCGGCUGCAAGGCAAAUUACAGGUUUAUAUUAAUGCGCUCAUUCUAAUGCGUUAUGGUUUCUAUAGUAACGACUUACACUGAGGCUUGUACAACUGUACAGUAUGAAACUCCACAUUAAACCUGAAAAUCACUGAGCUGUCUCCAUCUCCUGGACUUUUGGCUCAACUCCGUGCAGGUAGGAGGAGCUGGAUCAGGUCCGACUCCACCCCCGGGACAUUUCGCUCUGCACUGAGGGUUACUUGGGAAAAAAAAAAACAGAAAAGUGGAGUGUUCUCCCAUAUCACCGUAGCAACAAAUCAAAUAUCAUAAGUAUUAAGUCUACACUGUAGACGUUUGUACCUCUGUAACAAAACAGAUUAAAAAUGAAAUCCAAUACAAACCUGGCAAAUGUUCAACCGACAUUUAGUUUCCUUAAAUCAUAAUAUUAUUUAGUGAAUUAUUCAGUAACCGUUAUGAGAAUUUGAACCCCAGGACCUGGGAGUUUAAGGGGUUAAGUCACAUCACCUCUAGUGAAGAUAUUUUGUUCAUACUGUGUUUAUAUUUUAUGUUUUAAGUCAAAUAUGUCUGUAUAUUGUACAACUGAUUAUCGACACAUACCUACUAGCAAACACCAGAAAGACUUUCUGAGGUUUUUAAUUAAGAUUGUGUAAAUUUUUAUAGUGUUAUUUUGAUCUUGGUCUUUUUUUGCCAGGAUUUUUUUUUUUUGCACUAACAUAACUAACAUCACGGUAGCUUGAACGAUCUUUAUUUCAAGUACGCGUUUAAUUAAACACUGUCACUUGCUGUAAUUUGAUACAAAGCCACGGCUGCUUGUGCUUCUUGUUCAUACUGUAAAUUUCCACUUGAUCCCCUUCAGGCCGCAGGAAAGGAAAUCUGUGGUUAUUCCUGUUUUGAGUAAAUAAUCUCUUUUUUUUACGCUUGCACUUAUCCUUAUGAUUAUCAGUUAGCUAAUUUAAUGAAUCAAUUUGUAAGGAAUGUACAUUUAUUUAUAAUAAAAAGCAAAAUAUUAUUGUAAAAA